UUUUGCACGCAUCGCCGCCACAGCCUUGUGGUGUGGGCGCGGGAACGAUAAGACGUCGGGUGCCUCAUCGACACUCGCCCCGAUGUCCUCUGGAGGCAUGGCUUCCGCGCCUCCCACCGUUUCGGCGGCUCCGAGUGGUCUAGUCAACCUCGUCGGAGCUCAGGGAUCUUCGGGACAGCCUCAAGCCCGUCGCGGUGGCUCGAGGAUCUUCGGGACAGCCUCAAGCCCGUCGCGGUGGCUCGAGUACGCUUGUUCCCACUGCGUCCCCUCCAGACCCUUCGCGAAGUUCCUCUACGGAGCAUCAACGUCGCACGGUGCUGACUGCACCGCCGUUGCCGAGCGCAGGUAACGGCUUUCCCAAAUCGAAAGGUUCAUGUUCUUUGUCACGAAAUAGCGGUCCCGAGUCUCCAGCGGCCGCUGGCCAUGUUGGUCGAGCGCCCGCGAAGAAGGCCGCUUUCAAUGAACAGGCCUACGCCGACGUUUUGCGCGAAAACGCCCGCGUAGACCACUUGGUUUCGCACGCUUCUGCGGCUGGUUCACCGCUUUUGCCUGCCUCUCCUCGUAACUCACAGUCCGGCCCGCCUUCGGGUGGCACCCAGAUUGUCUUGCCGGUUGCCGGUGCCAUUUCCCUUGUUAACAUUUCUUCGGGGAAGGUAAGCGCACCGGCGCGGCAGGCCCCUGUUUUCGAUGGUAGUCAGGAAUAUUACAACGAUGAGGUUUUCCUCUUUUGGAAACCGCCGUCCUUUUUGUCCACGGUAUCCGCUAUGUGUGCGGAAUAUAGUUCAUGGUUGUGGAAUCAGCUCGCAUUUUUCGGCGAUGACUCCGCAUAUGCAAAAACAUGGCUAACUCGGACCAAAGCCAUCACAGUCUCUCUUGGACGGAAGGCGCGGGGUUUUUGACCACGUUUCAUGGGAGCUCAGACGUGAGGAUGCUGUCUCUUUGCUGUUGUAUGCAAAAUUCACCCCAACUGCUGACGCGCGCAAAGUUUAAGUUUUCUUGGCUACGGGGGUCACACAGAUUGCGGAGGCUCGUUCCUUCGACACGUUAUGGGGCAUUGGUGUCGAUGCCCUCGACCCGCGUCCUGCGCCGCCUUUUAGGUUAUGUGGUCAGAAUUUUUUGGGCAAAGUUCUUGUUGCGACGCGCACGCUCUUGCGUGUGCGUCAGGUCGGACCCGAGAAGACUUUGCGACCGACGCACUAGGGGAUACCAUCCCCCGUGUGCACAAUCAUUCAUGAAAUUAAUCAUGCCACCGGGUGAUGGAUCUUUGGCGGAUGAUCCUUCAUCCUCGGACGCAUGUGGUCCGCUGGAUUUCGCUUGCGAACACACCGGCGGACCGCUCACGCCGAUGCUGCACAUGACGUCUCCCGCUUUUCACGCCACCGCCGCUUCACCACCGUUGCUGGUGGAAAACGGCGCUGAUGGACAUGGAAACACCACCAUUGUGUGUGAUGGAUGAUACAUAGUCCUCGUCCGAGUGCGCGAACAUUUUGCGAAUGGCAGGAACAUCCGCAUUUUCGCGGUUGACGUGGCCGAAGCUGAGGACGUGCAAGACGAAGGCGAAGAGCGGCUGACGAACAAACUUCUCUGCUAGCCGCUGUUUUCUGAUGGGAAACGAUGGGCCGGACUUUAGGCGACUUUCAACGCCUUUCUGUUGUUUCAAGUCGUUGAUUCACGGGACGAUUCAAUAUAUUUUUUGUGCUUUGCUUGCUUUGCCGCCUUCAAAUCAUGGCGUUGGUUUACCUCUCUACUGAUAUUUGGCGCUUUGUCUCGUUUAUGGUACGCUAUGUUACGCUGGCGCGUGUUUGAGUGGUGUGAGCUGGUUUAUUUUAGCGCAGAAAUAGGCGUUGUCGUCUCCACAUUUGCUACGACCGGACCCGCCGCGAUCAGUUCCCCCUGGAACCUUGUCGUCUGCGUUGUGAUUCUCAGUCGUCAUCACAUGUGUGGUGUGGGGAAGGUUUGAUGGUUUGAAGCACUUGUCGGGGACAACUAUUUUCUCCGACACUCGUUGCUUUUUUUUUUUGUGUUUCAUAUGGAAAGUCGCAUCUUCGAUCUCUUAUCUAAAUCUGAGUAUGGUUGGGGAUAGAGUAUCUGCAUAUACGACUUCCCAGGGUGGGCUGAUGUAAUGGAGCAACUAGUGUAUGAGCCUUGAAUGAUCAUGACAUCAUGACAUGGAUGUU